CCAAGUUAGUGUUAGCAAGGACAUUAUAGUGUCUGACAUUUUUGUCUAGUAAAAUGUAAAAUAUUGACCAGAAAUCAAUAAGCAGAUAAAACUCAGAUUGACACCAGAAUACAAAAGAUAGGGGCAACUACUGCAGAAAUUCAUUCAACUUCAACAGAAAUACUGAGUACAAUGAACAUCAACAAUGCUGAGUUAAAGUCUGAAAUAAUGGCUAAACUAGAGGAAGUCUUACACCAGUUGAUAAAAAAAAAACCUAGUAAACGAGUUGAUCAACCAAAUAAACCCUACAAACUAGGAAAAUCUAUCUUCACACUACAUCACCAGACAGACCUGACAUCAGUAGUUGGUGACAAAGGAGGAGAUGUAACAGAUAUAGUGAUGAUGGAUGAUGGUAGACUGGUGAUGUGUUUACCUGUACAGUGGAGACUACUGGUCUGUAAUACAGAUGGAUCACAGGUAGACAGUCUACCUGUACAGAGAAGACUACUGAUCUGUAAUACAGAUGGAUCACAGGUAGACAGUAUACAUGUACAGGGUACACCAUACAGUGUUACAGCAGUCAACAACUCUACAGUAGCUGUUACACUGUUGAGGAGUAAGUGUGUAAUAGAGAUGUAUGACAUAAACAAUAAACUCAAACUUAAAUCAAUAUCACUACUUGGAAUGUGGUGGGGGAGUGGUAUAACAACUAUAAACAACAAGUUAGUUGUACAUGGUUACAAUACACUACUGAUCAUAGAUCAUCAGACAGGAGAGGUGGUACAGACAAUAAAGAUUGACUGUCAUCCUGUCAGGUUACAUGGUACUGGUGACAGAGUAUUCUACAGUGAUCAUUACAACCAUAACAACAACAAGCUGUACUGGUACAGUUAUAGUGAUGACAGACAUCACUCUCUAACAUUACCAUCACAUCCCAGGAGGAUGACAACAUUACAAGAUAGCAGUCUGUAUGUGGGGUGUGAGGAUGGAUCAGUACAACAUGUGUCAUCUGAUGGUAAACAGUAUAAACCAGUAAAGACUGAAGGACUAAAAUCAUUGGGCAAUUAUCAUGAUUAUGGUUGUUUUUAUUACAAUUGCAAACAGAGAAAACUGGUUAAUGGUGUUUUGAGUUCUAACGUAAACAUAAACAUCUUUCAUGAAAUCAGUUCAAAGUAAAUCAAGUAUUUUUUGGUAUAAUU